GUCCACACAGAGAGGAGUCAGACCCUCUCUCCCCCUCCCCCUCUCAGGAGUUUAAAUAAAUAUCUGUUGCUUCAGAUUUCUUACUGUAACUUUAUUUCGUCGUUAAGCUUUUGUUUGAUUUCGUGCUUUUCCCCCCCAUGCUGAAAUGGAUUUUGUGCAGCUCCCAGCAGAGAUGAUGUCACGUCUUUGAGUUAUUGAAAGGACAUCUCCAGUGAGCGCCCCUCCCCGUGGAUAAAGAUGAAGACCCCAGCGCUGUGCGUCCUCCUCCCUCUGCUGCUCCUGGUGAUCCUGCCCCCGGUCGCCUCUGGCCCCUGCCCCCGGUCUUGCUCGUGCCCUCAGCCUACCGAGCUGCACUGCACCUUCCGCUCCCUCCUCACCAUCCCGGCCGCUGUUUCCAAACACGUGGAGCGCAUCAACCUGGGAUUCAACAGCAUCAAUAAAAUCACAGACACAUCUCUGUCUGGUCUGAAGAAGCUGGAGCUGCUGAUGGUUCAUGGGAAUGACAUCCACAGUGUGCCUGACGGUGCGUUCAGGGACCUCACAUCACUGCAGAUGUUGAAGAUGAGCUACAACAAACUGAAGGAGAUCAACAGACACACCCUUCAUGGUCUGUGGUCGUUGGCGAGGUUACACCUGGACCACAACCGGCUGGAGUUCAUCCACCCGGACUCCUUCCAGGGCCUCACCUCGCUGCGUCUGCUGCAGCUGGAAGGAAACCGGCUUCAGCAGCUUCACCCGGCCACCUUCUCCACCUUCUCUCUGAUGGGACACUUCCACGUCUCCACGCUGAGACACCUGCACCUGUCGGACAAUGGGCUGACCGCUCUGUCCUCCACGCUGCUGGACACCAUGCCUCAGCUAGAGAACCUGUACCUCCAUGGGAACCCGUGGACCUGCGACUGCAACAUGGGGUGGUUCAAAGAUUGGUUUAAGACCUCACCAGGUGUCUUGAAAUGUAAAAAGGACAGAGCGCUCCCCGGUGGCCAGCUGUGCCCGAUGUGCUCGUCUCCCAGAUCCCUCCGGAGGAAAGAGCUCCAGGCUGUGGAGAAAGUGGUCUGCAGCAGCCCCGUCAUCACCUCCCCUCAAAGGACUUCUCCACCUGAUGAGGCGGACACUGAGGUCAAAACCACGGGGGACUUCAGGGAACCUUUUGGAAACAUCUCAAUGGGUCUGUCGGAUGAACACGGGAAUGAGGUGGAUCUGCAGUGCAGCGUUGGUGAGCCGAGAAGGCUAACUAAGAUCAACUGGGAGCAGGUGGACCAGCUCCAUCUGGCCUCCAACAUGAGCUUCUCUGUGGAUAUUGAAUGUUCUGUAGAUAGAGAAAGGUAUGAGCGGCUGUGGAGGCUGAUUGCGUACUACAGCAGUGUGCCUGCACACUUAAAAAGAGGCGUUCUGCUCAGAAAGGAUCCUCACCCUACGUAUGUGUACAGACAGGACUCUGAGAAGGAUGCACAGUACUACACAGGUGUUAAAGUGAACAUGAUGGCCCAGCCAGCGUGGCUGAUGCAGAACUCUGCAGACCUCCAGCUGAACAGACUUCAGUCAUCAGCCAAGAUAGUGAAACUGAUCCUGAGCAGUGAUUUCUCAGAGACGGUGGAGGCCGAGCUGGUGCAGAGACAGAGGAGGACAUGGGUUAUGAUUGAGUCGACGAACACGACUCGUAAAGUGCUGAGUGUUAUCCUGGGAAGGCCAAGUCAAAUGGACUGUGACAUUCAGAGUUCUGGACAAGCAGUCAUCCACUGGAUGCUUCCAGAUGGCUCCAAGGUGGAAGCUCCGUACAGCAGUGCAGACAACAGGGUGUCUGUGUCCGAUGAAGGGCAGCUGCUUAUUAAAGCUGUCAGCCACACAGACGCAGGAAUUUACUACUGCGUCGCCAAGGUUCACGGAGAUCUCGCGGUCUUGCCUUUCCACCUAACAGUGCAGGACUCUUCUAUCUCCCCCCCAGGAGACGACACCUCAGUCACAUCUGUGGAGGGAUUUGCAGGGAGCCCCAUUUCUCUGCCGUGCACAGCGUCUGGUUCCCCUGAUGCGGAAAUUAACUGGAUUCUGCCAAGCAGCAACAUUGUGAGUUUCCGAGUGAACUCCUCUAGAGCUUCAGUCUAUUCCAACGGCACGCUUCAUAUCCCUCAAAGUCAGACCCUGGACAAUGGGUUUUAUAAAUGUAUCGCCAUAAAUCAACAUGGUGUGGACACGCUGGCUACAAAAGUCACUGUGGUCAGGCGAAAAGGAGUUAUAAGGCCUUUGAGGAAGUUUCCAGCAAGACCUCAGUCGGCCUCAGGGGUCAGCACUCAGAUUAAAGUCCCCACAGAGGAAAUCGAGGAGGCUUCAGGGGACGCAGAGGUCACUCAGGCACCAAAAAGCCCAUUGGAUGCUGGGAGAAGGAGAAUCCCUGGAGUGGUUCCAGGUGGCAGGAGGGGGGUCCAUCCCUCGAGGAAUGUGUGGAGAAGGCCAUUAGCGCCGCGGAAACCUGCGGUAUCACGCGAUGACGACAGGAAGAAUGUGAUCGAGAGCAGGAGGAAAAUCAAUGUGUCAAAGAGUAAAAUAGACCCGGAGAAAUGGGCGGACAUUUUGGCAAAGAUUAGAGAUAGAAACACUCAGAACGCUGUAACUCAAAUCCCAGAGAGGAGAAUGACGGAGCAGACAACGCCGACACAGGAAGCUUUUGAGGGAUCAUCUGAUGGCGAGCAGGAAAGAGGCGACCAAGAUGGCUUAACAACGCCAGGAGGAACUCAUGAAGACAUUACACGAGGCAAAGACGCACGUGUGACAUCUAACAGCAACGCUGCACAAGCAACACAUGGCAGGACAUCAAACAGUCAGCACACAAUCCAAGCUUCAACAGAGCCAUACACAACCCACACUGCAUUUAAUGUACAACAUACAACCCCUAAUACAAACUUGGACAUACACACAACUUCAAACAGUGAGUUUUUCCUCCCACAGACCACAUCUGUUCCCCUGCAUGCUGUCACUUUCUGGCAGGCGAACACAAACACGGCGAGCAGAAGCCAUACAAAUUCUGUACAAGAGAACCAGAGCACAAAUACAGAUGUGGACGGAGACACAACAGCUGAUCAGUCCAAGGUGUUGAAGGAGAGCGAGGGUCUGGACGAGAGCCCGGAUGUUGUUGCCAGCUCUCAUAAUGAUAGAGACCUCACUUUGAGUGGAAGUGAAGUCAUCUCUUUGCUCAACCAGAAUGAAUCGGGGCCAAGCCACGGGGAAAAUUCAUCAACAUCUCCGCCUCAUACUCAACCAAAUGACACAGCACAUAAUGCGAUGCUCACAACAGCACCGUCAACCACGCUUUCAGCUCCAGCUUCAGGAAGGAGGGGCUCUAAAGGACACCCGAACUCUAAGAGAAGGAAUGGAGGGCGUCGCCGGAGGCCGAACGGAAGGAAGCAAAAGCUGAAUAAACCCCUCCACUUUAAUGCCACCACGCCGUCACCCGCCAUGACUACUGCAUUCACACAGAUUAAAAUAGAACCAUUAGAAGUCAGUUUCAAUACCCCUGAUCCAAGUCAAGCAAGGACAUCAGGCAGAAUGAGUCAUAAAGAAAGCACAGUCCCAGGGCAUGACGACAAACUCUCUUCACUACCAUCCUCUCCCCCAGAAAUGAAAAACAGCCAACUAGACGGAGCCAAACCGCUGUUCAAGAGCACGUCAGCGGCACCAUCUUUUCCAACAGCCUCUCCAGGAAUAGGUCACGGAAAGGCAAUUUCUCAAACAGCCUUGGGAAUUUCAGAGAGUGCAGAGAUCGUUGAGAGGCUCACAUGGACCACUCAGCAGACAUUUAUGAGCAGCCCUCUUCCACCUGUUGAACCCUCAGAGGGGAGGCUAAAGGGAGGCGUAAUGGGAGACGUUGGACCGGCAACAACCUCUGACUAUUCCUCCAGGGGUUUCCACACUGUAACCCAAGUGAAAACAGAUGUCGAGGCUAAUCAAUCAGGCCAUGAUUUCACAGAUAAAGACACUGUAAAUCUGCUCCAAUCGGCCUCAGCUGCCUCCUCGAUUGAGCGUGAAAUCAAGACAACCCCUGUGCCUGCUUCAAGUGGCAUUCUAACAACACCAAGCAUCCUGUUGGUCGAUGAUGUGGACACAGAACAGGUGACCACAAAGGGAGCUGAAAGUGCCUAUCAUACUUCUCCACAGGAUAAAGGCACAAGCAGUGAGUCACAGGAAGCUAAUGUGAAUACAGGAGCACUUCUCUCUGCUACAACGUCACGCCCUGAUGUGACACCUGAAACAUCUUCCCCAAGAGCCACCACUCUGGAGGGUCUAAGAAUCAACAACAUUGAAUAUAACCACAAUCAAGACCAUCAAACCCAAUCCAGCACCACACCAGAACCUCAGGGGACAUCUGCGGUCCAUCCUGAAACCCAUCCACCUGACCACACGCUGGAUCUAUCUCACAGUGCAAAACCAACUUCCCCAUCGCUGAAAUCAACCAGAGAGCCAACAAUCAAGCAGACAACCGCCCCAGCCCCAUCAACGCCUGCAGUCCAAGCUGAUACAUUCACACAGAGACUGCUAACAAGCACUCAGGACGUGUCCAGGAACUACCAGGUACCGGGACCGGGAUCUGCUCCAGGUGGGAAGCCAAGGAUAACGAAGAGUAAUUUCCAGACUUUCACUGUGAAAGCAGAAACAGAUGCUCGGCUUCCCUGUGAGGCUGAGGGCGAGCCAAUGCCCUUCCUGUCCUGGACUAAAGUUGCCAGUGGGGCAAGCAUUGCUAAGAACACCAGGGUCCAGAGAUUUGAGGUCCUUCAAAACGGUACGUUAAUCAUCAGUGACAUCCAGCCCAUGGACGGGGGUCAGUACCUGUGCACCGUCCAGAACCAGUUUGGCACAGACAACAUGGUGGUCAACCUUGUGGUCCUGUCUCAGCAUCCUGUGGUCCUCCAGCCUCGUCACCGAGACGUCACCGUGCAUCCGGGUGGCAGAGUUGAUUUGGAGUGUAAAGUGGAGGGUCACCCUACGCCUCGAGUUACAUGGGUGCUCCCUAACCAAGUUCGCAUGCCUGCUGCCCCUGUUGCCUUUACGCCUCAGCAGCGUGUGGCCGUAUCGAGUAAUGGGACCCUCCAGAUCAGUCAGGCCAUUUUCACAGACAGAGGGAUUUAUAAGUGCAUUGGCAGCAGCGCAGCAGGUGCUGACACAGUCUCAGUCCGUCUUUACGUCUCAGCGUUGCCUCCUGUGAUUCAGCAGACCCAAGAAGAGAACACUACGCUCCAAGAGGGCGCCACCGCCUUCAUCCACUGCACCGCCACGGGUUCCCCACAGCCAGUCAUCCGCUGGGCCACACCUGAUGGCCUACAGCUCAUUGCUUCUCAAUCUAUUACUGGACGCAACCUCAUUGUCUUCCCCAACGGGACCCUCAGUAUACGGGGACUGGGCCCAGGGAAUGCUGGGAGAUACGAGUGCUCGGCCAGCAACGUGGUGGCUUCCAGAAAGAGAACAGUGAACCUGAAGGUUAGGAGGAAUGUCAACGCUGCCAAGGCUACCAUCACCUCAUCAUCCCCCCUGAGAACAGAUGUGAGUUAUGGAGGGACGCUGCUGCUCGACUGUGUGGCGAGGGGCGAGCCAGCGCCUCGGAUCAUGUGGAGGACGCCCUCAAAGAAGCUGGUGGAUGCUCAGUUUAGUUUCGACCCCAGGAUCAAGGUCUUUCCCAACGGCACGAUAACCGUCCGCUCUGCGAUGGACACCGACAGCGGGGACUACCUGUGCGUGGCUCGUAAUAAGAUGGGCGAUGACUACGUCCAGUUGAAAGUCAACGUGCUGACCAGGGCGGCUAAGAUCAAGCAGAAGCAGCAGCAGUCCAGUCAGGAGGUGGUGUACGGUGGAGACCUGAAGGUGGACUGCGUGGCCUCGGGUCUACCUAACCCAGAGAUCAGCUGGGCACUGCCUGACGGCACCAUGGUCAACCCAGUCAAACAUCGGGACGGUGUUAGCGGAGGGCGCAGUCGAAGGUAUGUGGUGUUUGACAACGGGACGCUGUACUUCAAUGAUGUCGGCGUACCUGAGGAAGGCGACUACACCUGCUACGCUGAGAACCAACUGGGCAAAGAUGAGAUGAAGGUCAGAGUGAAGGUAAAGGUUGUCUCUUCCAAGCCACAAAUCCAGGAUAAAAACCAAAAGACCAUCAAGGUGUUCUACGGUGAAACAGUUACUCUGAGAUGUAACGCCAAAGGGGAUCCACUGCCAGGCAUCACCUGGAUAUCCCCAAUGAAUAAAUUUAUCUCCCCUGCUGUUGACAAAUACCAGAUCCUGGAUGAUGGAACACUGGUGGUUCAGAAGGUCCAGCGUUUUGAUGGAGGUAACUACACCUGCAUGGCCAGGAACAACGCAGGACAAGACCACAAAGUCACCAAGCUGGAGGUUCUGGUCCAGUCUCCGGUAAUCAAUGGGUUUAGAGGCGAAUCCAACAGCGUCAAGGUCGCUGCUCUCCCAGAUCAGAGGAAGUUGAUUGAUUGUGUGGCGGAGGGAAAACCGACUCCUCGCAUCAUGUGGGUUCUACCAGGAAAUGUGAUCCUUCCUGCUCCGUACAAGAGCAACAGAAUGACGGUGCAUCAAAAUGGUACUUUGGAAAUCCAUUCGCCCAAGAGGACAGAUUCAGGGAAGCUGGCUUGCAUUGCUCGUAAUGAAGGAGGGGAGGUUCGGCUGGUGGUUAACUUGGACGUGAAGGAGCUUGUCGACAGACCUCAAAUUAGAGGUUCAAAAACAGAUAGCUUGUCAUUGACAGUUGGGAACGCCAUGACUUUGAAUUGCUCCUUCGAGGGUUUAGCACCACCUCGUGUUACUUGGAUGUUGCCAAACGGCACGCCUCUGCAAAGUGGUGCCCGGUUCUCAAAGUUUUUCCACCACCCCAGCGGCUCUUUGAUCAUCAGUAACCCCUCUGUUGCUGAAGCUGGGAUGUACCGUUGUCUGGGGCAUACCUCUCGAGGGCUUGCAGAGCAGAUCAUCACGUUGUCCCCAGGGAGGAAGCCAGAGAUCCUCAACAGAUACAACUCUCCUGUCAGCGUGGUUAAUGGACAAACACUUCUGCUUCAUUGUCUGACCAGCGGCGAGCCCCUUAGACUGACAUGGACACUUCCCAGCGGGGUGGUCCUCAACCGGCCGCAGAGAGCUGGACGCUAUGCUGUGCUGCCCAAUGGGACGCUUGCCAUCCAACAAGUUUCCGUCUAUGAUCGGGGGUCUUAUAUCUGCCGCGCUGCAAACGAGUAUGGCAGCUCUAUGCUUUCUCUGUCUGUUAUCGUGAUUGCAUACCCACCGCGAAUCACCAACGGCCCUCCCUCUAUGACGUACGCCAAACGUGGAGUUGCGGUUCAGUUGAACUGUGUGGCGACCGGGAUCCCUCGAGCAGACGUGGCAUGGGAAACGCCUGAUAAAACUCGCCUGGCUGUGAGUUCGCAACCUAGACUGUUUGGGAAUAAAUAUCUCCAUCCGCAAGGUUCCCUCAUCAUCCAGAACCCGACACAUAGAGACGCUGGUGUGUACCGAUGCACAGCCAGGAACGCCAUCGGCACAGACACUAAAUCCACAAUUCUCAAUGUGUUCUGAAGACUUCCACUAACCCUCAUGGUCUGUUUCCAUACUGUAAUGCCCAAGCAACUGCCUAUAGCUUAAAGCAAGUCAUGUUUUAACUGAUCAAAACAAUGUACAAACUGCUGUCACCAUGUUGAAACAAGUUGUUAUGAACCAGCAGUGGUGGUUUUAGUGUGUCCGGCUUAGUGGUUGAAAAUCUAUGUUCCCUCAGCCCGGUGUUCCCGCAUUUUUAUGAAAUUUUCCGCCAUCAAAACUAGGCCCUAUCUUCCCUCAUUUUGGCAUUUUCAAAACAAUUCUUUAAUGCAUAAAUUCAAACCAAAGCUCUUAGAAACAGGACAGUGGGAUAUAAGGUCUUAGUUUUAGUUUUGUAAAUAAGAUAGAGCUCUGAAGAGACCCUUUAACAAUAAUCAAGACCAAGGUAGGUACAUUUAAUGGUUUUCUAGAAUCAAAUGAGAAAUUCUGCUUACAGACAAACAUGACCCAAAACAUAAACUCCCUGGAGGAGCCAACACGACAUCAAACCGCCCUCACAAUCUGAAAUCUCAGUGAGACGUUCAGUGACAGUCUACAAAACCACUCUCAGAUUCCUGACCCUAAAAACUCCCCUCCAGAUGUUACUGAUGCUUUCCACUGAUCCCGUACUGAUCCUCCAGUCUCUCCUGACAAUGACAGAUUAUGUCAAGCUAUAAAGAAAUGCAUCUUUAUUUUCUAACUUGGAAAUACUGUUGAUUUAACAACAGAAAUAUGUUGCAAAGAUUAUUUUACCCAAAGACUUCUGUUGUGAUCUUUCAUAAACUGUCCAUCUUUAUGACACUUUUUGUUUUUAAAUCUGGGCCUAUUUUUAGAAAUCCUGUGGUAGAUUCACAUCCACUGAAAGUUUUUUUUACAAAGCUAAUGGACUCCAUUGAAAAAAAUUACCAAGACCAAGACAUACCCGAGACCAGAGUACUCAGAGACCAAGACAUUUAGGUAUCGAGACCACGUCAGGACCGAGACCAAGAGUAGGGGGGGGAUCAAACUACAAAUUAAUUGAAGUUAUUCAUUAUUUUAGAAAGGGGAGUUUUCCUUCUAAUCACAGCAAUGACGGGGAAAAAUAGUGUCAGUGGUUAUCCAGAGUCUACCCAGUCUGAGACCGAGACAAGACCAAGUAAAAAUGCUUUUGAUUCCGGGACCGAGACCUUCAAAAAGUGGUCUCUCGACCGAUCUUGAGUACUACAACACUAAUUUGACGACUCCAAACUUCUUGUAACUAUCAGCCGUUUGUUCCUUUAAACCUGUAAAAUCGCAGCCCAGGUUUAAAAACGCUCCUCAGUGUGUUUCUGGGAGAAGUAUUCACAUUCCUUUAAUCUGCUUCUGAAAAAUGCUGGUACAGGUUUUAUGCUUUGCCAUGUAAAUUAUUUGUCUUUGACAGACUGUGAUGCAAAAGAAAUUAACCAUAUUUUAAUAAAGAUUUUCACCUUUUUUUUUACGAA